AUAUAUGUCAAAUAUAAACAGAAAUUUUAUUAAUUUACGCAAUCGAAAUUAGAAUGAAAAACCAAUUUCCUUUUAUUAUGGUUGUGCUUUUUUCUACAGUAGGUAGAACCUGAAAAUAUUGGCCAGCUGUGAAAAUCAAAUACAGAUGUGAUCUAAGCUAUGGGUAUACUUGCCUAAAAGUUAUGGGUAUUUAACUUAAACCCUUUCUUUACCGCAAGAUAAAACGUCAUAAAACAGAAUUCAAAAUAUUUAUGUAAAUGAAUCAAUAUCUGAAUAUUCCGAUAUCCCAAGAGAUACAUAGGUAUAUAACAAGAGUAACAAAAAAGUUGAUAAUAAGAACUUGCAAAACUUAAUGAAUACAAGCUAAGCCCAAUUAAUCAACAUCAAUUACUUUCUUUAAAAUCUUUAAAGAAACUAAAUUAAAAAUUUAAUAAUAUAGUAAAUACUUAGCAUCUUAAAGAAUUUUAAAUGAGCAAUACAAUUACAAUGCAUAAAUACACUCAAAAAUUAACACAUAGAUACCGUUACGAGUUUCAUUAAUUCAAUUUAUAUGUGCUAUAUCUAUGUAUUGUACGAUAUGUAUAUCGAAACCGUGAUGUUUAUUUUCUUGUUCGCUUUUAGUAUCGAUUUGAAAAUCGUAUUGUGUGGUAGGUAUUUGGUAUACUCAAAGGGAAAUUAUUAUUGCAAGUAAAAAUAAUAAAAAAAAAUAAUCAUGAGCUGCGAGCAAAGGCCCUGCGUUUUCCCAGCAGAAAAUUUUGAUGCUUCUGAAGAUGCAGCAACAUUACGUGCUGCUAUGAAGGGUUUUGGAACAGAUGAAAAGGCUAUUAUUGAACUUAUAACUUCGCGUUCUAAUGCACAACGUCAACAAAUUAAAGAAGCAUUUGAAAAAGAACUUGAACGAGAUUUAAUUGAAGACUUGAAAAGUGAAUUAGGUGGAAAUUUCGAAAGAGUAAUUUUAGCACUUAUGUCUCCACCAAUUGAAUACUUGUGUAAAGAACUUCACCGAUCUAUGGAAGGAAUGGGUACGAAUGAAAAUGCUAUCAUUGAAAUAUUAUGUAGUCGGCCAAGUGAAGAAAUCAAUGAAAUAGUUUCUACAUAUGAAUCUUUAUAUGAUCGGCCACUAGUAGAACAUUUAUGUAGGGAAAUAUCUGGAAAAUUUAGUCGUCUUAUUACAUUAAUAGUUACUGGAACUCGAGAUCCAGUUGGAACGGUUGAUCCAGAUCAAGCCAACGAUGAUGCACAGGCAUUGUAUGCUGCUGGAGAGGCAAAGUUGGGAACUGAUGAACAUGUUUUUAAUCGUAUUAUGGCACAUUCAAGUUUUGCACAAUUAUCAUUAGUUUUUGAUGAAUAUAAAACAUUAUCUGGAAUGACGAUAGAACAAGCAAUUAAGCAUGAAUUCAGUGGAAACCUACAUGAUGCAUUAAUAGCUAUUGUUGAAUGUACACAAUCUUUACCAGCAUAUUUUGCCAAACAACUAUUUAAAGCAAUGGAUGGUAUGGGUACGGAUGAUUCAACCUUGAUUCGCAUUAUCGUGAGUCGUUCUGAAAUAGAUUUAGAAAGUAUAAAAGAUGAAUUUGAACGAAUGUACAACCGGACGUUAUCAAGUGCUGUAAAGAGUGAAACAUCGGGAGAUUACAAAAAGGCAUUAUUAGGCCUGCUUGGUGCUUAGACCUGCAGUUAAAAAAAAGAAGUUUGUUUUUAGACUUUGUCUAAAUUUAACAGAAAUUUAAUUAAAAUUGAAAUUGAAAAUCAUGUUGUAUAAUUACAUUUUUUAUAGCUCUAUAUAACGGUUUAAAAUUUUGUUAUUUUAAUUAUUGUAAAAAAUUUCGUUAAAUUUACAUAACUCUGUGUUUUUAAUAAUAUUUUAGAGCACUUUUAUUAUUAAAAAAAGUAUGCGUAUAAAAUACUGUAUUAUUUUAAUAAAGUACAAAAAGCCUACCUAAAA